AUGCUUCAGGUGUACACCCCCCUUCCCGUGCACCACCAGGCGUGCAUCGCCAACAAGGCGCGUUCCCAAGCAAAGCACUCCCUAACCUUCAAGGAAAAGCUUGAACGCAUCGCUCGGCUUAGCUGUUCUACCACGAACGCUUCAGAGUUUUCCGGGACGGCGACUGAGAUCGGAAUCACACGGGAUCGUUCCGAAUGGAUGGCGAGAAUGUAUCCUGGAGGCAAACCUCUUUAUCUUGGGAGCAGGAGCACCCCGGAGGAGGCUGCCAGGCUCUACGACAUGGUGAAGGAAUGCUAUGGAGAGCGAUACGACGACGAGAGAGUUUCGGCUAUGAGAACGAUGUUGCGUCACGUGCCUGCGGGGAGCGGCAACCCUCAGGUGGUGGCUCGUGCCAGGGGCGGCCCUCAGGUGACGCGUGCCAGGGGCGGCCCUCAGGUGACGCGUGUCAGGGGCGGCCCUCAGGUGACGCGUGCCAUGGGCGGCCCUCAGGUGACGCGUGCCAGGGGCGGCCCUCAGGUGACGCGUGUCAGGGGCGGCCCUCAGGUGACGCGUGCCAUGGGCGGCCCUCAGGUGACGCGUGCCAGGGGCAGGCGUGAAGCAGAGGCGCUGGGUCGCGGCGAAGGGGCGGGUGUGGGGAGGAAGGCGCGUGGAGGCCGGGGCGGCUCAGCAAGAAGACACAGUGGAGAUGGAGGUGCGGACACAAUGUCUGAAGUGGAUGACGAGGAGGCUGACGAGGAGGAAACGGACGAGGAAGAUGAAUACCGAGAGGAGGAGGAGGAGGAGGAGGAGGAGGAGGAGGAGGAGGAGGAGGAGGAGGAGGAGGAGGAGGAGGAGGAGGAGGAGGAGGAGGAGGAGGAGGAGGAGGAGGAGGAGGAGGAGGACGAGGACGAGGAAGAGGAGGAGGAAGGGGAGGUGGUGGUGGUAGAGGAGGAGGAGGAGGAAGAGGAGGUGGUGGUUGUGGAGGAGGAAGAAGAAAAAGGAGGGAGGAGCUGA